CAGUGUGGAAUUUCCCAACAGUAGGCCUACGUAGCACCUUGGGAUUUUCAACCUUAUUUUUACAAUGGCAAUCAAAGUCAUAGACACGUGAAUCGAGGCAGGUUGUUGUUAUUUACGAUCUAUAGUUGGUUGGAUUUAUAUCGUGCACGGUCAAGAGUUAGAGGAGACGGAGUGAGACUGUCUAGCUAUUUGGCCUUUGUCGUCACAAGUGUGGUGGAGAUAUAUGUGGGUACCACGGCCACAGGUGAAAUAAGAUUUAGGACAAGAGGAAGGGAAUCGAACACCGACAGCUAGCUAAAUACGUCAUCCAUCCUACAGGUCAGGACAUAAAGCUGCUUACAGCAUUCUUCUUAGAUGCCAGGAUUGUGCUAGAGGACCAUAUGCUGUUACCCGGACAUGGCGACCGGAGGGGCAAGACCGAAAACAAAUUCCAUUUGGGGGAAUGCUCUUAGGUGGUUUACUGGAAUACAAAAUGAAGUGACGGAAAGGCAGGAUCGCAGAUAUGGGAGGGAACACAGAGCAAACGGCGAUUACACUGCUCAGGAUUUCCUCGGUGCCUCAACGUCUAGCUAUGAUCUUCUUGGAGGUUUACCAGAUACGCUAUCUAGUCAGUUAAACAUUUCAAGACGCAAGAAAUCCAAAUACGAAAAAUUCACCGAAUCCCUGUCAAAUCCAUCCCAAAGUGCUUGCUUUACAAUGGGCGUGAGUGCCGAGAUUUUCUGCGCCGUCACGGAGCUGGUUCAGGGAACGUGGCAAAGCAAGAAAACAGGGCGUGGGCGAGACACGCGAAACCUUGAGCACACCUUUAUUGUGGUAAAGAGAGUCGAGGCCAUCAAAAACGAAGGUUUACUAGAGCGUUAUAAACUUACCAAGCGGCAGCACCGCUUACGUCAAACACAGGGCCGCUUAAAACCUUAUUAUUACGUGGAUCCCACAAUGAAAAAGCCCAUGACUGUCGAGACCGAAUCCCCUGUAUUAGAUACACUAAAUGAGGACAUCAAUGAACAGUACCUGUUUCACGGAACAAAGAGUGCAAAUAUCCCAUCUAUUUGUGCUAUGGGGCCAGAUUUCAGGAUUGCUCGCAAAGGAAUGUUUGGUCGAGCAAUUUAUUUGUCAGAGAGCGCCACCAAAGCGGAUCAGUACGCAGACGAGAUGGACAGUAGACGAACGGAGGACCUCCAAAUCCUGAUUUGCCGCGUUCUUCUCGGCAAUGCCUACUACUGCGAGGAACAACAGACAUUAAGGAGACCGCCGUGCGUCUGUGGGGAGAAGAUUUGCCGUGACCAUCACGAGACCUUCGACUCCGUGAUAGGUGAUACCAGGAAGUUAUUCCGGGAAUUCCUCCUAUUCACGGCGGACCAGUGUUACCCGGAAUACAUCGUGACCUAUGACCGCAUUGACCAAUUCCAGGCUAGAGCCGUGCCUCAACUACCGGUGACGUCACUAUGUCUGAGAGCUGCCGAUCCUGCUCUGUUCAUGGAGGAAGCUUACAAGGACGAUGUCUACCAAAACUGUGGCCUGCCCCGUGGACGCGCUGUCAUCGUCAACAACAUCAAUUUCCAGCACCAUGAGAAGAGAGACGGGUCAGAAAUGGACUGCAAGGCGCUGGUAGAGCUGAUGGAACAGAUGAGUUAUACCGUUAUUGUGCAUAAUGACCUGACCGCACAGGGAAUCUUUGAUGUGAUGGAAACUGAGAGCAAACAACCUAGCCACUGGACUAGUGAUUCAUUCAUCGUGUUCAUUCUGAGUCACGGUAUGAGUAACGCAGUAUAUGGGACAGAUGGCUACAGCUUGCCCUACAGUAUGAUGUAUAUGCACUUUACCACCGACAGCUGCCCCGCCCUGGCGGGAAAACCAAAAAUGUUUUUUAUUCAGGCUUGCCAAGGAACAAAGAAAGACAGUAGAGUCGCGGGAGAAUCCGUCCCUCUAACAAUGAGACAAGAUGGCGGCCAGUCUGAUUCUGCGCGGGCGCGUUGCAAUGAAAGCGAGUCCAAAUUUGGUGCUAACAUGUGUGACAUCGCCGUUGCCACGGCAACCACUCCAGACUACGUGUCCUGGAGAAAUAAGGAGAACGGGUCCUGGUUCAUCAACGCCAUUGUCAGAGUGUUCAGUGAGGAGGCGAGGAGUAAACACUUCCUGGAGCUUCUCACCUCGGUGAACAGCUGGGUUGCCAGUAUGAAGACCCAAGGUCAAGGUCAGUACCAGCAGGUGUCCAGCAUGGAAACCAUGUCCUUCACCAAACGGUUUUACUUCUGGCCCCGCCUCUGUAUAGUAAAUGGUGAGCUCCAGGAGUUGGACUAGAUGUGUGACGUCAUGAGAUGGCUUGAUAUAUAUAUAUUCCCUUUUGUUUUGUUUAGUUUUAUCACCACAACAUUACUGAUAAGGGGCUGUAAGUAUCGACAAAUGUCUGAUUAAAGAUAAAUAUAUAAAUAAAGAGAGAGUAGUGUGCGCUAACAAAGUACUUGUCCAACAUUAUAUUAGGCGCUCGUGUUAUUUACAACAAGCUAGGCGUCUUUCACGGGUGUUGCAGUGUAUUUCUGGUCCUGGUUUCCUGUUAUUUUUUUAAUUAACUUGAAAACCAAAUUGACCAUUUGUUUAACGUUGAUUGAAUACAUGUGCAAUAGGUAUUUAAUGACUUGUCAUGCUGCGUGCCUUGCUGUCAAAUACAGUAAUAUAACGGGAUUCGAUAUUUAUAUGCUACAAGUAGUUUUUUGCCACAAUAUUUAUGUUAUUUGCUCAAUAUAUGUACUUUUCAAGGGAAAUUGCAGCAACGUGUUUUAGGGUCUAAUUUGUUGUAGGGAGUGUUAGAUGUGAAAGUUACUAUUUACAUGUUUAUUCAGAUUCCUUGCCUCGUUCAUGUGCUGUGAGGAUUAUAUUAAACUAUGGAUGUAGAGCUAAACACUGCUACUAAGAAUGUGCGCCAUUUUCUUAAGAAUAUUUACUUUUAAAUAAUAAUCUGCUGCUGAAGAAACAGUGACAAUGUUGGGGUAUUUUUAUUUUCUUGUUCCCAGUUCACUUGGAAAAUGAAUAUACCAUUUGAAAAAACGAAAUGAAUUUAAAAACUAGUGUUGCGAUACUAAUUAAGUGUUGUGAAAUCAUCGUUAAUGCAUAUCAAGAUUACGUACAACUCAUGAUCAGUAAAACAGCGAGAAUAUCAAAUUAGACGCCAGGCGUGAUGAAGUCAGAUUUAUGCGCAUCAGCUGGAUUGUGUCAUUUGUUGCUUUUGAAUAUGAUUCCAGUUUUAAUACGAGGUCAACUACAGGUAUAUUGGUGCACGUAUUUAGUGUUAUAAUUGAUAAAAAAUGGCAUUUAGAGUAAAUAUUGGUCGCUUCCCUCUUUGCAAAGAAGGAUGAUAUAUAAACAGGUGCCUAAAAUAGCGAUACCACGGAUACACACACACACUCACACACACACACACACACUCGCACAUGCACACACACACACUGACAGUCAAUGAA